GAGGUUGAUUGGGUUUGAAAUCCCUGGCUGGGGUUGAGGAUUGAACAAUUAUAGGUUUUGUGUUGCUUGGUUCAUUGAAUAUUGUUGUGAUGAUUUGUAUAUGAACUUAUUGGAUUGAAUCUCAAAUGGACUUGUCAAAUUGUAAGCAAUUGAGAUUCUUUGGAGUCCAUUUGAAUUUCUUGGCUGCAAAAUGCUUGGUAUUGGUUGUCAUUGCUUUGUUCCUUGGAACUGUUUUGCUUCCAACAUUCUCUGGACUUGGUGGGGUCAUUCGACAGAACAACUUUGUCUUUGUCCAUAACCGUUCAUUUCCAUCGAAUCAACCCAUAAAACAGAAGUUUCUUGAAGUUCCUCAGAUUGUGUGGGGAUUGAACAAUCAGAAGAUUGCUUUUGCUAGAGCUUGUUUGACUGCACGUAUGCUUAAUCGAACAUUGUUGAUGCCUAAAUUGAGUGCUUCUCUGUUUUAUAAAGAAGUUGAACUUUUGAAGCCUAUUUCCUUCGAUAAGAUCUUCCAAUUCGAAAGAUUUAAUUCCAUUUGUAAAGGGUUUGUCCAAUUGAGUCGUUAUUCAGAUGUGUCGAAUCAAAGUGAUGUUAUCGAACUUCAGAAAGGCAGUGGAAGAAGGUGGACAUUGGAAAAAGAUUUGGAACAGUUGAAUCAAUUUAGUAAGCAUCCAUAUGAUGCACGUGAGAUCAUUCGGAUAGUAGGGAAGAACCCCUUUUUGUGGCAUGAUCAUUGGCCAACUAAAGACUAUGCAAAGGUUUUCGAAUGCUUAGCUUUAGUAGAGGAGAUAUCGACGGAAGCAGAUAAAGUUGUCUCAAAAAUUAGAGAAAUAGGAAUGGAGGUUAGAAGUAAGAAUGCAAUGUCAAGCUCUUCAUCACAACCGGUUCCCUUUGUAGCUGUGCACAUGAGAAUAGAAAAGGAUUGGAUGAUUCACUGUAAGAAACUGGAGCAGAGAUUAAAUAUUAGUGAAAUUUGUAGUAGUAAGGAAGAGAUCAUGGCUAGAGUAGGAAACAUCUCGGGUCUUAAAACUCCUGUUGUCGUUUAUCUUGCUGUUGCCGAUACUCUUCUGGAGGAUAAUACUGUCUUGAAUGGCUGGAAAGACGGCUUGCAUCCUUUUGAGAAGAAAAAACUAGGUGUUUUUGACAUUUACAAGAAGCAACCAUAUCUAUUUCAAUCUGCUAUCGACUAUGAAGUCUGUUUAAGAUCCGAUAUCUUUGUAGGGAACAGUUUUUCAACAUUUUCAAGCCUUGUUGUUCUUGACAGAACCCAAAAGAUGAUUAAAGUGGGUGAGACAAAGUUGUGUGGUUCGGAUGUUAGAUGGCCUUCUUAUGCAUACAAUAUAAGAGGAGCAGGGAAUAGCCCUCAUCCGUGGGUAACAAAUAUGUCCGACACUAGCUUGACAGCAAUUAGCUAUGGUUCUAAUCACAUUUCUUGCUGAUAGCUUUCAAGGCUUGAAUUACUUGGUUGUUUGUCAGC